GAUUGCUUCCAGUCGUUAACAGGCAUUCGAUCGUUGAUUGUCAUACGCGUACACAAAUACCUACGGUGGUAUAUUCGCUUAAAAUAUUUUACAUAUCAACGCAGAAAUGCAAUAUUAGGAUAAUAUGCAUUCUAAUAACAAGUGGAAAAUUAAAAAUUGAAUUGCUUUAUUAAAAUAUGAAGUAAAAAAAUAUUUACAUAUAUUAAUCAAGAAUGUGUUUUAAGCGAAGUAAAAGUCAAAUUAAAAAAUGCAAACAUUCAUUUACUUGGCACAAGAAAGCUAUAAUGAAUCAAACAGAUUUAUUUGUGGUGAUUGUAAAAUUUGCUAAUAUUGUAUUAAAUAUUAUCAUAUUAAUUUUCUUAAAUAGCUUCGGCCCGGCACAAGCAGUGUUUAUUUCUUUUCGAAAUAAUCGAGAAAUUAUUAUAACUGAUGCGGUGAAGCGAAUACAUAAUGAUGGGUUUCCGUCUGAACAUCACACAGUUCAAACAAAAGAUGGUUACGUAUUAACAUUGCAUCGAAUACCAUUUGUACAGAAGUUACCUAAUGAUAAAACUCACGUUUUACGCAGACCUGUUGCACUUUUAUUGGCUGGAAUCUAUGCCUCCUCAGAUGCAUGGUUGUUAAAUGGACACGAGAAUUCAUUGCCAUAUUUGCUUUCACGUAGUGGUUUUGAUGUUUGGCUUGGUAACAAUCGCGGCAACAUAUAUUCUAGACAGAAUGUCUUUUACAACACCACGGACCCGGAAUUUUGGAACUUCAGUUGGCAUGAGAUGAGUGUUUAUGACAUGCCAGCAAUAGUUGAUUACAUUCGAAUGUAUACAGGUGAACAAAAAAUGCAUUUCAUUGGUAUAUCACAAGGUGGCACAAUUUUUUUGGUGCUCAAUUCUAUGUUACCUCAAUAUAAUAAUGCUUUUAAAACCGCAACAUUGCUUGCACCAGUGGCUUACGUAAGUAAUACUAAAGGUAGUUUGGCCAAAGUAUUUGGUCCUUUAUUGGGGACACGAAACUAUGUGUCAAAGGUGUUGGAGAAUGUAGAAAUGGUUUCCACAAAUAAGUAUGUCAAAAAAUUGCUUUCGAUGGCUUGUUUAGAAAAUGAAAAACCUUUGGUUUGCGUGAGCCGAUUGUGGCCAGCAGCAGGUUAUGAUACUCAACUGUUAAAUAAGACUCUUAUUCCUGAUAUUAUGGCAAACUUUCCGGUUGGAGGAUCAUUUAAACAAAUUAUGCACUAUUUUCAAGGCUAUAUGUCAAAAAAAUUCCGUCAAUAUGAUUAUGGACCAGAACAAAAUUAUUUAAACUACCGUCAGCUAGUACCACCAGAAUAUACUUUGGAAAAUGUCAUGGUGCCAAUUAGCAUAUUCUAUGCAGAAAAUGAUUAUAUUGUGUCGGUUGAAGAUAUUUGGAAAUUAAUUACACGAUUAAAAAAUAUCAGUUCGAUAUACAAGUUACCACCAAAAAGAUGGAAUCAUUUUGAUUUUAUAUGUGGAUUAGGCGUAAGAGCAUUUAUUUUUGAUAAAAUAGUAAAUAAUUUAAGUUUAUAUGAACUAUAUUAAAUUUUCUAAUUUCUUAAUUUUGUUUAUGUAAAUAUUUGAUUGUAUGUAUGGUUUUCACAAAAUCUGAAUAUUUUCAUGUAGACAGAUUUAUUUGUUUGUAUUCUAAGUUUCACGACAUUUUAAAUUCAAAAGAAAUCAAAAUUCACACGUUAUUACAAAUGUGGAAUUCCGGUUUUCACUUCACUUUCUCCAUUAAAAUUUAUUCUUAAUUUUAAAUAAACUCUUUGACAAUUGGGUUCUAAAAAUUUGCAACAACAUGUAUUUCGAUUAUCAAUCAAAAAGACGAUUUUAAAAUUUUUGGGUGUUACGCCUUUUUGCAUUUCAGGUGACGAUAUGUAUCUUUUUUAAAAUUUUUUCUUCUUUUAUUGUAAUUUUCAAAAGAAUUUAUGCACACAAAAAAUAUUUUUUACAUUUACAUUUUAUAGUAUAUAGAAUAUCCAUCCAAAUGUUUAAUUCAUUAUCUAAAAAUUUUUCAAAAUAUUAUAAAUUUCAUCUUUAAGAAAAUUCGACAGUACAUUUUACUUUAGUUUCUUUCAGUGCACACAAUUUUUCUUUCAGUCGAAUCAACAAAAAAACUUGUUUUAUAGGAACCAAAAACCACCUACCUAAUUUUAUGAUUUGUUUUAAUAACUGCAUUACUCUUUAAAAUUCGGAAGUUCUUGGUGAAAAAUUCAUACAAGCCCCCAAUGAAGGUAUUAUUCCAAUACUCAUAUUGAUUAUACCCUACACCACUUUAGUGGGGAGGGUAUAUUGGAUUUGUGCUGAUGUUUGUAACGCACAAUAAUAUUGGUCCUAUACCCACCUUAAAGUAUACCAAUCGGCUUAGAAUCAAUUUCUGAGUCGAUUUAGCUAUGUCCGUCCGUCUGUCCGUCCGUUUGUCCGUCCAUGUAAACCUUGUAAUCAAACUAUAGGUCGCAAUUUUGAUGAUAAUCCAAUGAAAUUUGGCACAUGAUCUUCUAUUGUUCCAGGGACGAAGCCUAUUGAAAAUGGUUAAUAUCGGUCCAUUAUUUCACCUAGGCCCCAUACAACUGAACCCCCGAAUAGGGCUUGUAAACCUUGUAAUCAAACUACAGGUCGCAAUUUUGAAGAUAAUUCAAUGAAAUUUGGCAGAUGAUCUUCUAUGGUACCGGAGACGAAGCCUACUGAAAAUGGUUAAUAUCGGUCCAUUUUCUCAUCUAGCCCCCAUACAACUGAACCCCCGAAUAGGGCUUGUAAACAUUUUAAUCAAACUAGAUGAUCUUCUAUGGUACCGGAGACAAAGCCUACUGAAAAUGGUUAACAUCGGUCCAUUAUUUCAUCUAGACCCGAUACAACUGAACCCGGCAAAUAGGGAUUUUAAAUUUAUAAUUAUGUUUAAUAUACUCGCAUCUCGACAAAAAGCUGCAAAACCAAGUUCUGUACUAGCCUUGAUGACUCUCAUGAAUUUUAUAAUCAUAGGGUCUCAUUUGACCAUAGCCCCUAUACAAAUCCCCCUUCAAAAUUUGACUUAAAUGUCCACAAUUUUAUUCAACAAUAAAUGGCUUAAGUAUAAUUCAAGGCAAGGUGCAAUUCAACUUAAGUGCUUUAUUAUGAAAACAAAAUCACAUUUCAUUUUUGUAACAGGUGUAGGGUAUUAUAUGGUCGGCCUCGCCCGACUAUAAUUUCUUACUUGUUUUAAAUUAAUUUUAAUAAUUUAAUAAUUUUAAAUGCACAGGAAAUGCGUUGGCGAUGAAUAUGUAAGAUUCCGCAUAGCCGGCAAGCAAGUGUGAAAUCGUCCAUUUUCAAACAUAGAUACAAACAUACAUAUGUACAUAAAUACAUAUAUACAUACAUACAUAUAUACCUACCUACAUACAUACAUACAUUCUUACAGCAAAUAAUUUAUUUUAUAUAAUUUAUUUUAUUUAUUAUUUACUAACUUACAAUAUUAUUUUGUUAUAAUCAUCACCUAAAAUGCAAAAGGGCGUAACAACACUUCAAAAUUUUA